AUGUCUGCGCUGAAGUCAGCCUGGCUGGCAGCAACAGCGCCCGCUUUGGAGAAAUCCACAGGCAAAUUGGAGUUAGCAUUUUUUGAAUGCGUCUAUCGCACUACAUAUGCAACAGGCUUAUCCUUCUCUGAUAAACAAACCAUGUACUACUACAUCUACAGCUACACGGUCAAAGUGAUUAUCGUCCUUUUCAUUGCCAGCGAGUUCUGGUAUCUCUUCAGCAUUUCCUCGAGUUUUGACACCGUUAUUGAUAACAUCACUGUCACUGUUCUUCAUUUUAUUUAUUUGUAUCGAUAUAAGACUAUGAUGGGCUCGAAAGUUGUUUACAAAAAACUGGCUGCUUCAUUGGACUCUCCGUAUUUCGAUGUUACUACAACCAGCAGGAAGAAAAUACUACGACAUUGGUUGAAAAUGCAACACAAAUGUAUCUGGUUAUUGCUUACAAUCUCUUCGUGUGGUCUUGUUCUAUGGUAUGUCCAUCCUCUAUCAGAUGAAAUAGAGUACAAUUACCCGGCAACAGUUCGAUUUCCAUACGAUUCGUUAGUGCGGACCACUGAGUGGUACAUCGUUGCUUACAUCGUCGUUUUGUUCAUGUUCAAUUACACUUCAUAUUUGGUAGUUAUCACCGACCUCAUAAUGCAAGCCCAACUAAUACCUCUGGUAUGCCAGUAUGCAGUUCUUUGUGACUGCUUUGAAAAUAUCAUUACUGACUCUAGCAAGGGUUUUUCAGAUUUAGACGAUAAACAAUUGUUUGCAAAUGACAAAUUUCAAAAUAUUUAUUAUUCUAGACUGAGAAAAUUGGUGGAGCAGCAUAAAAUUAUUUUAGCGUACGCUCUGAAUAAAAGCAUGAUCAAGACAAUAAUGAACUUCUUUUAUUUAAUAUACAACAUGUUUAUGUUCUACCUCCUGUGCAAUUGGUGCGAUGAAAUAAAAUUACAGAGUCAGCGGGUCGGCGACUCAGUUUAUUUGUCUGGUUGGGAGCGUGGUGCAGUGGCGUUACCUGGCGUGCGUGCACGACUUAUGAUUAUAGUGUCUAGAGCUUUCAAGCCUCUUGCUUUUUCCGCUGGUGGAAUUUCCGAUCUUUCAUUAAUCUCGUAUACUACAUUGGUAAAAACAUCGUACAGUGCUCUGACAGUUUUACUAAGUGUUCGUCAGCGUCAUAUGUCAUAA